AUGGAGCCUUCUGAUAGCGAUCGUUCCGAGAGUCCUAGAGACUAUGAGCAAUUUGAUGACGUGCUCGAAGAAAUCUUUCUGCUCGAUGACAUUUGGACAACUACAUGGGAAGAACUGAAUGCAAGCAAGGAUGGAAUGGUUCUUGUUGAUACUAAGCAGUAUGCCGCUUUUCUGAAAUGGCAGGCCGAGAAUCAGGAAGAAGAGUCUAGCAGUGCCCCCCUGGACCGUCAAGGCAAGUCCCUCGAUGUCUCCGAGAACAAGGACACUACCAAUGCGGACCGGCUUGAGGGGUCAGCAAACAAAAUGCAGUCAACCGAACAUGAUGUUAGGGAUCAACCCUCAACUCGCUAUGGUGAUGCAUUGAGUGAUGACCAAGCACAGGUAUGGUGCGAGGAAUUCGAAAGAAAAAUGGACAGAAUGGGUAUCCGGAAGGAGUUUCGACAAAUGCUCAAGCUCCUCGAAAUGUCACAACUUAUGGAUAACGACAUCCGGCUCUUCGAAAUGGUCAAGAACAAGGAUGAUGAGAAAAGGCAAGAGAGCUCUAACAAGAACAAAAACUGA